UGACCUCUGAAUUCUUAUGGCUGCAAGUUUAUAGUCUAGGACCACCUCAAAAAAUUGUCCUCUGGGCAGUUUGCCAGUUUCUUUCUUUUUUCUUCCUUGUGUUUUUGAAAGAGCAGUUUCUUAUGGUUUAAUCCAUCUAUUUCUUUCUUGAUCUCCAAGCCCAAACGUGUCCCCCUUUUUCAUUUUUCUGUGUUCCAAGAGCGUCAUGGCUGACCAAUCGUUGCCUUCUCACUGACCGCUUUGCCCCUUGAUACGUGGCUCCUUUUUCCUCAUGCACUUGGUGAUAUCUGUUGCUUCCAAACAUGGUCUCGGUCUUCCUCAUAGACAGAGUGUCAGAAUAAGAUACUGCCAUGGAUCAUGAGAUGGAGCUGAAGGGGUGUUUCCGCCGGAUCAAGAACUGCGCGAUCGAACUCUUCUCGACAAUGGAGGAGGACCUGGAGAUGGACGAUGAGGAGUCGUGGGACCUUGUUGGGAGGGACAUCCGGCUGAAGGCCACCUUCCUGUACAUCGACCUCAGCCGCGUGAUCGCCUGCUGCGAGGGCGAAGAGCACAAGAAGGCGCUCACCGUCCUCACCAACCGGUUCUUCUACUCCAUGGAUGAGCUGGGCGACGCGGUGGAGAGCCGGAGCCUCCCCCUGACGCAGGUGCGCUACAGCGACACGGCCGGCGCGCUCCGCGAGGUGGUCGCCGUCCUCGCCCCGUCCCUGCACCUUGGCCCCUGCGACCCGGAGGAAUAGAAAAGAAAGCACCAGGUGGCAGGUGCUGGAUCACUGGACCCGUGGAUCUGAUAGGAUAGCUUGGCAUCUCUAGCGGAACGAAAGAGAGAGAAUAUGGGACCGAGCCAGCCAGGAGGAUGGAGGAUCACCUGUACAUAUUUAUCGUUGAAUUGGGGGCUGUUAGCGUGUUUC